AUGGCAGAUUUUUUGUGUAACGCGUUCCUCGUUUCCGUACGUAGUGUGGCGUCAUUUGAGGCUUCAUUUGAGAGAAGCGAAAUCGCAAGUUUUGAAGGCGAUCGAGGAAUUCAGCCCCCGCGCGAUUUACACAUCCGGAAAGGCGUCGUCUGUAUUGACGAGUUUGACAAAAUGGAUCAGAAGGAUCAGGUGGCUAUUCAUGAGGCUAUGGAGCAGCAAACGAUCUCGAUCACAAAGGCCGGUGUGAAAGCGACGCUUAACGCUCGUGCCUCGAUUCUUGCCGCUGCGAAUCCGGUCGGUGGAAGGUACGAUCGAUCGAAGCCGCUCAAAUACAAUGUGCAGAUGUCGGCGCCGAUUAUGUCGCUUUUCGAUUUGUUCUUUGUGCUUGUCGAUGAGUGCAAUGAGGUCACCGAUUAUGCGAUCGCGCGGAGAAUUCUUGAUAAUCAUCGAGCGAUUAAUGAGCCCGUAUAUCGCUAUCGCUUAGUAUAUCGCUUGUACGAGAUGCUUCAAGCCAAAGAUUUCGGACGAGGCUGUUAA